AUGGUGGUUUCCAAUAAUUCAUAUGUUGCCCCCAAAUCUUUUAUUCUUAAUGGAAUUCCUGGCCUAGAAAGAGUACAUGUAUGGAUCUCUCUCCCAUUCUGCACAAUGUAUAUCAUCUCUCUUGUGGGAAACCUUGGCCUUGUGUACCUCAUUCAUCAGGAGGAGUUUUUACAUCGCCCAAUGUAUAUCUUUCUGGCCAUGCUGUCCCUCAUUGACCUCAUUACCUGCACCACUACAGUACCUAAUGCACUCUGCAUCUUCUGGUUCAAUCUCAAGGAAAUUAACUUCAGUGCUUGCUUAGUCCAGAUGUUCUUUGUUCAUGGCCUCACAGGUGUGGAGUCAGGUGUGCUCAUGCUCAUGGCUUUGGACCGUUAUGUAGCCAUUUGCUACCCAUUGCAUUAUGCUACCAUACUCACCAACCCUAUCAUUGCCAAAGCUGCACUUGCCACCUUCCUGAGGGGUGUGCUGCUGAUGAUUCCUUUUCCAUUCUUGGUCAAGCAUUUGCCCUUUUGCCAUAGUAAUAUUAUCUCCCACACAUAUUGUGACCACAUGUCAGUGGUGAAGUUGUCCUGUGCCAGCAUCAAGAUCAAUGUCAUCUAUGGUCUGAUGGUUGCCCUCCUGAUUGGAGUGUUUGACAUCUGCUGUAUAUCUGUUUCUUACACAAUGAUCCUUCAGGCUGUGGUCAGCCUUUCAUCAGCAGAUGCUCGGCACAAGGCCUUCAGCACCUGCACUGCCCAUAUAUCUGCCAUCAUCAUUACCUAUGUUCCAGCAUUCUUCACUUUCUUUACCCACCGUUUCGGGAAACAUACCAUUCCCCCAUCUCUCCACAUCAUUGUGGCUAAUCUUUAUCUUCUACUUCCCCCAACUCUCAACCCCAUUGUGUAUGGGGUAAAGACAAAACAGAUCAGAGACAGUGUCUUAAAGCUCUUCCAGGGUGAGAAAGGUACACAUAUUCUGGAAAAAUGA